CUUUUCCCUUUUCAUUGUCAAUUGGUCAAAUAUCCUCCUCGCCCAGUCGCGCCCUAGUUUCCGUGCUCUAACAUCAUCUACACAUAUGUAUGGACUGGGGAAUUAAGAGAGACUAUUGCUAUUCGUGAUUCCUUAGAUGCCCAAGAUCUGGGUAGAGAUACUAUCGAUUCAAAAGUAGGAAAUAAUGGUGCUGCCACUUUUGAAGCUCGGCACGCUCGCGUUGAAGACUCUGAGUAAACCCAUUGCCGUUCGGCUAAAGACGGAAGCCGGGCGACACCCCAAGUUCCGCACUUUCAUCAUCAGCAUGGCUCAGGCAAACCACCGAAUCACAACGACAAUGCAAAGACGUAUCUAUGGUCAUGCAACGGAUGUUGAAAUACGACCAUUGAAUGAGGAGAAAGCUGUACAGAAUGCUGUAGACCUUUUUGGGGAAAUUUUUAUUUUCUCGGUGGCUGUAGCAGCUCUUGUCUUUGAAGUGCAACGUAAUUCUCGCUCAGAAGCUAAGAAGGAGGAACUUCGGCGACGAGAUAUCGAGCAAGUGAGGCAACGAGAGGAAGAGUUAGCGAGGGAUAUCGAAGUGCUUAAAAGCAAGAUUGAAGAGCUUGAACAGCUGGCUAGGGGGAGAGGGCUUGCUGGUAUGUUCAAAUACAUACACCCCCAGACUGAACAUGGCAAGUCAGCCACCCCGUCAUGAUCUAUCUUGUUCUCAAGGAUCUCACUGCCAAAUGUUUCUACACAUUCAUUUUUCCAUUCUUUGGUCCUACCUCCCCAUUUUACUAAUGAAAGAACUACUUGGAAACUCAGAUCUUGUUGAUCACAACAAAGUCAUUCUGAAUCUCUGGGAUGUAGCCAAUUUUAUCAGAGAAAUAACUACAACAAAAUGCAUAAUCAUUGCAAUAUUUUUUAUUUUAUACAGAGUAUGUAGCAUUUAAUUUUGUGGCACUUGUUAUUUGCUCCAAGAGAAUAUUAUAAACCAAACCUUCAGUUUUGCUAAAAGGUUUGCACUUAGAGCAUGGAGUUCCACCCGUGUCCUUAUAUAUUUAUAUAAGAGAAAUUCUAUUCACAGCCUCAAAUUACUAAUCACAACCAUUAAAUUAAAUAUUAAUAAAUAAAAAUAAAUCUUUUGCCAAAAAAAUAAAAAAAUAAAUCUAAUAUCAACCCUAUAUAAGUAUAUAACUAUAUUAGAAGAAACGCAAGAACAACGGAUGCGAGAACAGGAGGAGCUCAACCUGCAACUCGACACUCUUGAGGAGGCAAUAACAGGAAGGCACUCGUCCGGGAGCACUCCAAGGCGGAAGGAUCUAGACAUGUCUUUCACUUACAGCUACCCGAAGCCCAAGCAGAAGAUAGCAACUUAUGUGUCUUGGAAAACUUUGGCAGUAGAAAUUGGUGGAAGGAAUACAACUACAAAUUAAUUCCUAAUUACUUUGUGAGUUUAUAUCUAUACUGCUAUACAUGUGUGUAUGUAUAGUUAGUACUUAGUAGCGUCAAUAUCAGAAGAGAGUAGCCAUCAUCAUUAUUAUUAAAGCUUUGUUGCAUCCUGCAUCGCCCAGUGGAUGUGCGAUUGCCGAGACUGUGUAACUGUGUUUGAUACGUAAUAAGGGUAGGAUGAGAAUUAAAAAAAUGUGGGCUGUGUUUAUAGUAAAUGGGUGUUUGUAAAUAGAAUUUCCCUUUAUAUAACCUGACUCUUACAUACAAUCCAUC